UGUUUUCAUCAUCGCUGUAAUAUCUACAUUGGCUUGAAUUCUUUCCUUACGCUACCAGUCCACUUUGGAAUGAGUUUGAAAUUUUUUAUCCUCCUCUUUGGAAUCAAUUUUAUCAGUCUUCGUACCUGUUAUUUUAUUCAAUUUUUUCCUGUAACUUGUAUAACUUUGGCUGUUCAAAUUCAGUUUUAUAUUGGAGUUGAUAGAUUGUUAAGUAUUGCCUUUCCUAUCUGGUACAAUUUUGACGAUCGAUAUAAAUCUGUGGUUGUUAUUGUCAUCUUAAUAAUGAUAAGGUCGGCCCGUACUUGUUGGAAUUUUUUAAACAUGGCAAUUAGCUUCCCUGAUAGGUAUGUAACUAGUUAUUCUACAAAUUUCCUUGAAAACUUCCAAAUUCCUUCAUUAAUAACCCUUGAACAUAACCCACAUUAAA